AUGUCUUUUCGCGGUAAACCUAUCAUCCCUGCAACACCUCGUGUUAUAUCACCAAGUCCUACACCAUCCGAAAUUCAAGAUACUUCUCAAGAUUCCUACCUCGGUCCAGUUACGCGCUCGGCUGCUAGGCGCCGACAGGCAGGUAGUGCUGCGCUACAACAGCAACCCCUCCACGAAGAUGUCGACGAAGAUUCAGAUCCGGAGCUCCGGAGGGCCCGGACAAGAUCUCGAAGCCCCAUAAAAUCUCGCAAAGUGGGUAGUCUCACAUCUACGAAGACUCCUCGCGCUACCAGGUCGAAACAGAAACAGAAACAGAAGGAAGAAGAUGAUAAAAAAGAGGUAGAGGUAGAGGUAGACGUACAGGUAGAGGACGUCAAAUUUAAACAAGAGCUUAAGAGAGAAGUCAAGGAGGAAACUUCUAAUGGUCACCUAGCACUACCAACACCCACCAUAUCCGGAUGGGAUUGGCGAGACUUUAGUCGAAGUCCAAGUCCUCUAGGCCUUAUUCCGAUACAUCGGCAGUUCAAGAUAUUUAUUCAUAAGCAUGAGGUACCAAGAAAGGCGUUGCACGUAUCUAUCGGGUUUCUCGUCUACUGGCUCUACGUCAGUGGCACGCAGACCUCAGCAGUCACACCCUUCUUGAUGGGAGCUCUGGUCCCUAUUGCGGCUACGGAUUAUCUACGUCAUAAAAAUGCUUCUUUGAACCGUUUCUACGUUAGGUGCCUUGGCGCCUUGAUGCGCGAAACUGAAUAUUCUGGCUGGAACGGCGUCGUCUUUUAUUUGCUCGGUGCAUGGACUGUUCUUCACUUCUUUCCUAAAGAUGUCGCCGUGGUAGCUGUUAUGCUCUUAAGUUGGUGCGAUGCUGCUGCCAGUACUUUUGGCCGGCUUUACGGAAGAUACACCCCGAGAAUCCGACGUGGCAAGUCCUUGGCCGGGUCUUCAGCUGCAUUCUUGGUUGGAGUGGCUACGGCUGGCUGGUUCUGGGGUUGGCUUGCGCCGAGAACAGGCCCCUUUCCCGGCGACGAACAUAAUCCUUUUAUGUUCAAGGGCAUAUUACAACUCCCUACAUUUAUCUCGAACGCGCUCAGUCUUCCCAACUCCCAGAGCGUUGUUGGUGGUCCAGUUGCUGUUGUGUUGUUGAGCUUGUGGUCGGGUCUGACUGCAGCAGGUAGUGAAGUGGUAGACCUUUUUGGUUUGGACGAUAAUCUUACAAUUCCCGUGCUCAGCGGCAUCGGGAUCUGGGGUUUCCUCAAGGUUUUUGGGUAA